AAUGUUUCAUUUGUUUCUGAAAAUGUCAAAGACCUUCAAGGUCAAAAGUCCAAAUUUUUGGACCACCACCACCAUGCGUACCACCACCAGCAUGCGGACCACCACCAGCAUGCGGACCACCAACAGCAUGCAGACCACCACCACCAGCAUGCUUACCACUCCCAACAUGCGGACCACCGCCAACAUGCAGACCACCGCCAACAUGCGGACUACCACCAGCAUGCUGACCACCACCAACAUGCGGACCACCACCAACAUGCAGACCACUGCCAACAUGCGGACCACCACCAGCAUGCGGACCUCUACCACCAUAUGGACCACCAUCAAUAUGCGGACCACCACCUGCAUCAUAUGGACCAUCAUCAUCAUGCGGACCACCACCAUGUGGACCACCACCACAAUGCUGACCACAGCCACCAUGCGGCCCACCACCACCAUGCGGACCACCGCCGUCAACAUGCGGACCACCAUCAAUAUGCGGACCACCACCACCAUGCAGACCACCACCGCCAAUAUGCGGACCACCACCAGCAUGCGGACCACCACCACCAGUGGACCACCACCAACAUGUGGACCACUGCCGACAUGCGGACCACCACCAGCAUGUGGACCACCACCAGCAUGCGGACCACUACCACCAUCGGAACAACACCACCAUCCGGACCACCACCACCAACAUCCGGACCAUCACCACCAACAUGCGGACCGCCGCCAACAUGCGGAUCACCACCGUGCGGACCGCAACCACCAUGGGGAUCACCACCGCUACCAUGCAGAUCACCACCGCUACCAUGCGGACCACCAACACCAUACAUGGACCGUUACCUAAUGGAUUACCAGGUCCGCAAUAUUUAUAACCAGGAAGGUUAA